CUUUAAGAGCAUACGAUACUGAAAUAUAUUGCUUGAAGCACAUCUAACCUCUUUUUGCAGUGCAGUCCUAUGAACUGCAAUAUAUAGAAUGAAAACAUUUAGUUGACAUUUCCGGGAAACAAAUGUAAUGCGUGCCAUACUUUGGGGAUAUUUGUUAGCCUCUUUUAAGGUUUAAUACGUUGUGAUGGUCAAUUCACUGGCUUCCAGUAGUCCUUGCAAGGUGUUAAUUUCAAAAAUGAAACAUUAAAUUCCAAGAAUCAAAGUUUCCAAGCAACCAAACCCUGCAAACAAAACUAUUGUACAUGAUAUUUACAUCUUUGUUGCCUGGGAAUCAUGUAGCUGCUCCACACCUCACUCCAAACACUUGCUAAAAGCACUGAAUGGUUCUUGCAGCUGCAGAUGGCUUGCGGUUUCGGAAAGAUCAAGUCACAAACACGUAGAUCAGAGAGUUACAAAUAUUGAAUGGCUGAGAUAGCAAUGAAUAAUCGAGAGGUAGUCGUUCUGAGUGUGGGAGGUGUGAGAUUUGUAACCUGGGCUUCUACCUUGCAGCAGUUCCCUGAGUCCAGGCUAGCACGGAUGUUGAACAAUGACGACCAGGAAUUUAAACUGGUGAAUGGAGAGUUUUUUGUGGACAGAGAUGGAACUUUGUUUAGUUACAUCAUGGACUUCUUGAGGACUCUCCAGGUCUCCUUACCUACUGAUUUCUCAGACUAUCAGAGGCUGCGGAGAGAAGCGGAAUUCUAUGGGCUUCACCCUCUGGCUGACCUCCUGAGCCAAGAACACUUGCUGAAGCCAAGGAUGGAGAUCUUGGAAGUGCGUUUUUCUUUCCAAGAGAUGCAGGCCUUUUUCCGGAUCUUUGGUUCCUGCAGCACCACUGUUGAGACACUAGCUGAGAAGAUCACUGUGUUUACAGGGCAGCAGUCAGGACAGAGCUGGAACAGCCCUUUUCCUUCUCAGAAACCACUCGUUCCACUUCCUUUGGAAAGACCUUCUCAUCAUGAUGUGAUUUUUCAAUGUGGUACUGACUACUCUGCAGGUGACCAGUUUGUGGCCAGGUAUGUUUCCAUAAAGCCUGAUAACAGAAAGCUGAUUAACGGUACUAAUGUGCUAGGCCUGCUGCUUGACACUUUACUCAAAGACGGAUUUCGCCUCAUAAGCACCAGGACAGUCUCCAGUGAAGAAAAAGUCGAAUGUUACAGUUUUGAAAGGAUGAGGAGGCCAGCAUGCCUUGCCGUCACGGCGCACCAAACCGCAGGGGGCUCCGAGGUAGCACAGGCAAAGAGAAGCCAAGUGCAGAGAAGGAAAUAA